AUGCGCCGCCACAAAAGCUACCUGUUGUUGUUGGCGAUCGCCGCCUUCUCCUUAUUUUAUUUCUACUCGGGGAAGUGAGUGGAUUUUUUUGAAUAGCAAGAAAAAAUGAAAAAUACUUUCGAAAUGUCUUUCUCCUAAAUUUAAGUAAGGGAGCCUAGCCAUCUGGAAAUUUUCUGUCAAUUUUCUCAAAAGAGCUUCGAUGAUUCUUAGAGUCUGUCCCCAUGUCAAAUUAUCGCUCAAGCUCCGCCCUCAAUGAUGCGAUAAACCAAUCAGAAAGCAAACCAUCUACAGAGCCUUUUUGAAUGACGUCAUUUUUCCUGAUACGCAAAUUUGAGGAAUAUCGAUUUUUGACCCCAUUCUGCUUGAAACGGGAAUUUUGAAAAUUCAUUGCACAGAAAGCGAUUCGACUCCCAAUCGAUUAAAUAUUGUUCAAAAAAUCCAGAUUUCUGAGAAAAAUUGCUUCCGAUGUUAGAGGCGGUUAUCUUACAUGAACAACUAAGCAUGUCCGGAAGGAAAUGGACUUUAAAAAAAUUUGAAAAAGUAAGGUAAAAAAAUAAGUUGGAACCCCAUAGAGGUAAUAUUUACAGAAAGAAAAAGUAAAUGUUCACUUCAGGAGGUUUAGCUGACUUUAAUUUAUAAAAAGCUCGGGACUUCAAAAAUUGGUCUCAUGAAUAGCUUCUAUAUACUUUUCGACCUCUUUAUUUUUUUUUUCCAGAUCCGAAACGAAACCCCAGACGAUCUACAGCGCAGCCUUGUUACCGGUUAAGCCAUCAUUAAAUUAUGACCAAAAUUCGCCGUAUAUUUUCAUUGGUUUGUUGAAUUUUACUAUUUUUUUCAUCAUUUGGAGACUUCGGAUGUUGUUUUUAGUGUCAAGUUUACAUAGAAGUUACUUCAAAAGUACUUUUAUAUUUAUUUAAAUUUUUUUUUGUGAAUCUCGAUCGUUUAAUAGUUCCUACUGUCGAUUAUUGUAGGGAAACUGUUUUUAAAAAAAAUAAUUUCUGAUGGUUGGAAGAAAUUUUGGGGCCGCGAAUAUUCGUGAGCGUGUUAUGUGCAUACACCAAUCGUGGGUGCUCGAAUCUUUGAAAAACGAUUUUAGGGAAUAAAAAAAGCACUUUUCAGAGGGGGUUAGCCGCACCCCGGGGUGGGAUCCAGCCGAAGUAAAUCUUCAUCAAUUCUGUUUACGAAAAAAAUUUGAAAAAUUCAUAAACAAUCGAAAAAAAUAGGGAAAUAUUUCCAAGAUUGGUGUAUGCACAAUUCACGCUCACGAAUAUUCGCAGACCAAAAAUUUCUUUUACUAUCUUCUUCUUCUCUGUCAACAAAUAUUUCCCGAUUCAAGGAGGCGUACCUCGAUCUGGAACGACGUUGAUGAGGGCCAUGCUCGACGCCCAUCCCGACGUCCGUUGUGGGGAGGAAACUCGAGUCAUUCCCCGGGUCCUCGGCCUGAGAUCACAGUGGAGAAAGAGCGAAAAGGUUUCAAAAAAAUAAUGAAAGUUAAAAUUUACUGACGAUUAUAUUGGGACAAUUAGUAAAUGUCUUCGAAAAAAUCAAUAACCAUUUUGACAAUAGUUUUGUUCUAAAUUCGUUUCUCGAUAUAUAAAUUCCUUAAAAAGGCUCUUUUUUUAUGGCUCAGAAGUCCAUAGAACAGAAAAUUCAAUGGAUUUUCUCCAAACUCUCAUCUCAAAAAUCCCACUUUUCGUCAUUGUUCCGCUUCUUUCAUUUAAAAAAAAACGUCUUAUCUCUAAGUCUUCAUUUUCAUUAUUUUUUUUGGCUAAUUUUUGUUCUAAAUCAGAUAUUUCGAUAUUAAAAAUAUCUUGUGAGGGUUAUUUUUUCUGGCUAGAAGGCUUUAAAAACAGAAAAUUAAACGAAAUUUGUCCAAUUUGACAUGUCAAAAUACUAAUUUUCAUCUUUUUUCUUGCUAGUUUUGUUCAAAUUUGGAGUUUCUCGAUAUUCAAAAACCUAAUAAGGCUUGUUUUUCAUGUCUCAGAAGGCCAUAGAAAAGUAAAAUUUCACGAAAUUCGUCUGAAUUCUCAUCUCAAAUUUUCAAUUUUAUUCAUUUUUCCUCUAAUUUUGUUUCAAAAUAGCUUUUCUCGGAGUAAAAAAAUACCUUAUAAGGCUUAUUUUUUUUCUUGGCUUCGAGGCCAAAGAACAGGAAAAAUCCACCGAAAUUCUUUCAAAAAUCGCAUGUCAAAGGUUUAAUUUUUUGAUACUUAUUUUCGCUCGUUUAGUUAUAAGUAAGAUGUUUUUUUAAUAUUCGAAUACCUUCUGAGGCUCAUUUUUUUCCUGGCUAAAAGGUCAUAUGACAGAGAAAUAAACAAAAUUUAUUCAAAGCCUUAUCUUAAAUUCUCAAUAUUUUAUUCAUUUUUCUCACUAGUUUUGUUCAAAUUUAAAGUUUCUCAAUAUUCAAAUACCUUCUAAAGCUCAUUUUUCCUGGCCUAAAGGCCAUAGAAGAUAAAAAUGGACGAAAUUUCUCUAAACUCUCAUCUCAAAUUUUCAAUUUUAAUCAUUUUUCUCACUGAUUUUGUUCUAAAAACGUGUUUCGAUGAUAGGAUACCUGUUAAGGAUAAUCUCAUAUAUGAAUAUUCCAAUUUUUUAAAGGAAUGGAACCGAUUACAACAAGCCGGCGUCACCAAUGAAGUUAUCAACAGCGCAGUCAGCUCUUUUAUCAUGCAGGUAUCGAAACGAAUCGAAGAAAAUAAUGAAUUUUAGUUCAUAAAUUUCGUUAUGAUUGUUAAAAAUUGGAUGGAAGAAAGUUUGACUACAAAAAGAAAGCUUUACACUCCAAGAGAAUCGAUAAGUUGCCAAAAAAGUGACGCACUAAAAAUUCAUGUUUCUCUUUGAGCUCAUACUUUUAUCACAGCAACUACACAAGCCUCUGAAACUUUUAGUUCAGGUCUUGACAGGCUCCGCCCCUUUUAAGGAUUACUGUAGCCAAAAAAAAUCCAACUUUUUUCUCCGUGGUGCCUCGGAGAACGUUUUUUAAAAAGAAUUAUAUAGAAAAAAGGGUUCUGAUGUAUCUUUAAAAUAUAUUUUCUUCAUUUUUUCAAUAAAAAACCCAAAAAAUGAUAUUUUCCAGAUAAUGGUAGGCCACGGGGAGCCGGCCAAUCGGCUCUGCAACAAGGAUCCUUUCACGAUGAAAUCAGCCGAUUAUCUGGCCGAAUUAUUUCCCAAAGCCAAAUUUCUGAUGAUGGUUCGCGAUGGACGGGCUACCGUCAAUAGUAUCAUUUCCAGAAAAGUUGGUGGUUGGAAGGGAAUCUGAAGUGGUCACUUAAGGGGUGUAUUUGGAAGUUCAUGUUGGCCGUUUUUGCGGUGGAAAAAUCAAUGAAAUCAAAAAUUAUGUGUUUUCUGUUGAAGGUGGCCUUGAAAUAGCUUAGAGGUCGAGUAGCCACUUAAAGGAUGAAAUCAAAGUGAUCCUUUAAGAGGUCAUAAUUUUUCUAAUCGAGAAAAUCAAUGGAUUCGUCUGGAGUUUUCUUUUUUUGUAUGUUCUCAUUGAACCCCUUGGAUGCUUUUUGAGGAAUCCUCACAUCCUCACGGCGUUCCCAAAUGGGGUGGAAAAACGUCAAUUUGGCGCGAAAUUUGAAAUCUCAAGUACGCAGCCAAAGGCGAUCGAACAAACAAGUUAUUAACGUUUGAUACUCGGUGUAGUUAUGACGUCAUUUUAUCCGGCGCGCGCACUUACUUUUUUUUGUAAAUUCAGAAACUUGACGCAUCGCUCACCCCAUUAUAGUCUGUUCAGAUUUAAAAUGCCAAGUCCUCGCUGAAGCUCCGCCCCCUAAUGGCGCGAUAAACCAAUCAGAGAGCGAGCCAUCCACAGAGUGUUUUUGAAUGACGUCAUUGCACUUGACAUUCAAAAUCUGAACAGACUAUAGGAAUGCCGUGUUCUCUUAAGUGAUCACUUCAGAAAUCCCCGAAUUCCCUCAUAAAUCAUGUCAAUUUUGAGUUUGAAGGUGACAAUCACUGGCUUUGACCUGAACGAUUACCGACAAUGUAUGCAAAAAUGGAACACAGCGAUUGAGACAAUGAUAACUCAGUGCGAUUUGGUCGGUAGCCGCUGUAUGAAGGUAAGUUCAAUUGAAAAAAAAAUUGAGACGGCUGCGAAAACUUUUAGUGCCCACUUUAGGGUUUUGGCCUUUCAGGUCUACUACGAACAACUAGUCCUUCAUCCAGAAGCUCAGAUGCGGCGAAUUUUGGAAUUCCUCGACUUACCGUUCAACGAAUCGGUUCUCAAACAUGAAGAGCUCAUCGGCAAGGAUAUUUCUUUGUCGAAAGUCGAGAGGAGUUCCGAUCAGGUAUGUAUCAUUUUUAUCAUUCUUACCAUCCAUCGUUUGAAAACUUUAAACUGUUGCUUGAAAACCCAAAAAUAUGAGUUUGAACCAUUUUUCAUCGUUUUUUCUAGGUCUAACGUCAAAGGAACUCAUUGAAAAUUGAGAAAUUAUUUUUCUUAAGGCUUUUGAUAUUGGUAAAAGACGUCCACACUUUGAAAACUUUGAAAAAAUCAGCCUCAAAAUGUUUCUAAGUACACAGAGGUCACAGAAAAACUGCAUGAACAGCUCAAAAUUUCGAAAAAUCAGCCUCGAAAAUUUCAUACUAACACUGAGGUCUCAUACAAUAUGAAUGAAAAGUUCAAAAUUCCGAAAAAUCAGCCUCAAAAUUUUUCUGAGUACACAGAGGUCACAUAGAAUCUGAAUGUAAAGCUCAAAAUUUCGAAAAAUCAGCCUCGACAUUCUUGUAAGUACACAGAGAUCACACAGAAUUUGAAAAAAAGCCAAAAAAUUCCCUCUUUAGGUUGUCAAGCCGGUGAAUUUGGAUGCUCUAACGAAAUGGGUCGGCAAAAUCCCGGAAGACGUCGUCAAAGACAUGGCUGAUAUCGCGCCGAUGCUCGCCAAACUUGGUUAUGAUCCUAACGCUAAUCCGCCAAAUUAUGGUAGGAAAUCGCUGUUUUUCAAGCUUCUGGACCGCAUAGAAAAAAAAAUGGGACUAAAAAAAUUGAGGAAUUUUGAGCCGCUUAAAAUCGAACUUUUUUAGCUCAUGUUCGCUCCAUGGAUAAUUUUCGGUUUUUGUUUGUUUUCAAGAUGAGAAUGAUCGAAAAAAUGGAAUGGAGCUUCAAGAAAAAAGGUUAAGAUCUAAUUAAUAUAUUCAGAAUUGAAAUUUUGUACCUGAGGGGUCGCAAAAAAUUUAAAGCCAUAACUAUUUUUCGAGCUUUUCUCGAUUAGUUUUCAUAUAAAAAGUCACAAUCUUCAUAAUUUUCCAGGAAAACCCGACGAAAUCGUACGGAAAAAGACAGAAGACGUGCACAAAAAUGGCGAGACUUGGUACAAAAAAGCCGUGGAAGUCGUAAAUGACCCGGAUCGGGUCGAUAAGCCCAUUGGGCCUUGA